GGCUCUGACCCGGGGAGAUCAGUGCAGUUGCUCUUACUCUUCAUCGCCGCCCCCGUUCAUCCACAAAUCACUGAAAUGUCUCUCGCCGGCCGCGUCGCUAUCGUCACUGGAUCAUCCCGUUCGAUUGGCGCCUCGAUUGCCAAACGUUUGGGCAAAGACGGGGCCAGCGUCGUUGUCAACUACGUCUCCAACUCCGCGGCGGCAGAUGAAGUAGUGAACGAGAUCAACUCGAAGGGGCCUGGCAAGGCCAUCAGUGUCAAGGCCGAUGUCUCCUCGAUCGCUGGCGCGAAGACCCUCCUAGAUGAGACCCUCCAGAAGUUUGGCAAGCUUGACAUCCUGGUGCUCAAUGCCGGUAUCAUGGGCGCGAAGGUGUUGGCACAGACGGAGGAGAAGGACUUUGACGAUCACAUCAAUAUUAACGUCAAAGGCCCGCUCUUCCUCACCAAGUUAGCGGCACCCAGCUUAACUGCAGGUGGCCGUGUCAUCUUCUUCUCCACAACCCUCACCAAAGCCUCCGCCGUUCUCCCGAACGCCCUUGUUUACGUCGCCUCGAAGGGUGCUGUCGAGCAAGUCUCCCGAGUCCUGGCAAAGGAUCUCGGGGCUCGCGGCAUCACGGUCAACACCGUCUCCCCUGGCCCCGUCGACACGCCGCUCUUCCGCGACGGCAAGACGGAGCAGCAGAUCCAAUUCAUCGCUAAUCUGAACCCUCAGAAGCGUCUCGGCCAGCCCGAUGAAAUCGCUCCGAUCGUGGCAUUCCUGUCCUCGGAGGAGGCUGGAUGGAUAAACGGCCAGAACAUCCUGGUUAACGGCGGCUUCGUCGUGUAAAUAUUGGAACCCUUCAAAUCGCAUUAGAGAGCAUUUGUACCACACGUAGCAUCAUAGCCACAUUUACAUGUACUUUAGGGACGAAUGAGAACAUGUUUCAAGGGGUUC